CCCACCUUAGCCAGUUUAGUAAAACAGACUGAGUAAUAGUAAGGAGAGGACAAAUUUCCCCGAAGCCCUCUGUGCACCCCACCCCCAUACACACACCUUUCAGUGGGGACUGGGCAUGACUCCAGCUGUGCUGGCAGAGCUCCCAGCAGCUGUGCUAGGCAACAGGCCUGAUGGGUGAGGGUAUGGGGUGCGUGUUGCCAGGAUUUCCCUGUCACACGGUGAGAGGACAGACCCAGUUUGGAUCCUGGGAUCCCCAUCCAAAUUGGAUAGAAGCUGAAGAAGGAGACACCAAUUCUAACUCUAAACAGACUCACCUCCCCUACCCUGCUAGAUUUCUCCCCUCCAGUGUUCUACCCCCCGCUUGUCUCUUGAUGUCCAUACUGUGUCCAUGUCCGUCUUUCCAUGUCCAACUACUUUUUCCAUGUCCCCCCAGGCUCUCAGUGCCACACAGUGGGGAAGGGGUGGGGGUCACCAUGUCAUCGUAUCAGAAGGAACUGGAGAAAUACAGAGAUAUAGAUGAAGAUGAGAUCCUCAGGACCUUGAGCCCCGAGGAGCUAGAGCAGCUGGACUGCGAGCUGCAGGAGAUGGACCCUGAGAACAUGCUCCUGCCAGCUGGAUUAAGACAACGUGACCAGACAAAGAAGAGCCCAACAGGGCCACUGGAUCGAGAGGCCCUUUUGCAGUACCUGGAACAACAGGCACUAGAAGUCAAAGAGCGGGAUGACUUGGUACCCUUCACAGGAGAGAAGAAGGGGAAACCCUAUAUUCAGCCUAAGAGAGAAAUCCCAGCACAGGAACAGAUCACCCUAGAGCCCGAGCUGGAAGAGGCCCUGGCCCAUGCCACAGAUGCCGAGAUGUGUGAUAUAGCAGCAAUUCUGGGCAUGUACACACUGAUGAGCAACAAGCAAUAUUAUGAUGCCAUCUGCAGUGGAGAAAUCUGCAACACUGAAGGCAUUAGCAGUGUGGUACAGCCUGACAAGUAUAAGCCAGUGCCAGAUGAGCCCCCAAACCCCACAAACAUCGAGGAGAUGCUAAAGAGGGUUCGAAGCAAUGACAAGGAACUGGAGGAGGUGAACCUCAAUAAUAUACAGGACAUCCCAAUAACCAUGCUAAGUGAGCUGUGUGAGGCGAUGAAGACAAACACCUAUGUCCGGAGCUUCAGUCUGGUGGCCACAAGGAGUGGUGAUCCCAUUGCCAAUGCGGUGGCUGACAUGUUGCGCGAGAACCGUAGUCUCCAGAGCCUGAACAUUGAAUCCAACUUCAUUAGCAGCACAGGACUCAUGGCUGUGCUGAAGGCUGUUCGGGAAAAUGCCACACUCACUGAGCUCCGUGUGGACAACCAGCGCCAGUGGCCUGGUGAUGCAGUGGAGAUGGAAAUGGCCACCGUGCUAGAGCAGUGUCCCUCUAUCGUUCGCUUUGGCUACCACUUUACACAACAGGGGCCACGAGCUCGGGCUGCCCAAGCCAUGACUCGGAACAAUGAACUACGUCGCCAGCAAAAGAAGAGAUAAGACCACCCUUCCCUUGACCAACUAGACCUGGGAACCCUGGACACGUAAAUUCUCAUUUCCCCUCUUCCUGUAAAUAAAAGCCCUUUUGUCCAU